UCAGCGAUGAUCUGGGGUUUCACCUGAUCUCACACAGACUCGAGGGUUGACCAGGUUCGGCUGUUCUUUGACAUCCCAGUCCGACAGCUCGCCGCGCUUUGACCUGAUCGACGACCAGCAGGCGCUAAGGCCUACAUUUUCCUCCCCACCGCCGCGGUCAAGUUGCACGCGCAGAACAGCUUCGAGCUUCGGAUAUACACGGUCACGGCGACUCAAUGCCCGCGACACAGGCGCCUGCUACAGAAUCGGAUAACACCAAGACUGUCAGACUGCACAUUACGCCGUUCAAGCCUGAGCUGCUAAAGGUCUAUCUCGCGCCAUCAGUCCUGCCGCUUGCGCGCAACAUCUCCUACCACGCCACUGAGACGUUUCCCGAGAGAGGAUUUGGCUACGUCGAGCUGCCAGAGCCAGAGGCGCAGAAGAUCAAGAAGAAGCUCAACGGUGCUACGCUGAAGGGCUCAAAGGUGCGCAUCGAGAUGGCCAAGCCCGAGAAGCGCAAAGCGCGCGAAGAAGCAGACGCCGAGGAGAAGCCUGCCAAGCGCUCAAAGAAAGACAAGAAGGAGAAGAAAGAGAAGAAGGCGAAAUCAGAGAAGCGCGAGAGGUCACCUGGUGUCUUUGACGGCGUGGAGCUCCCAGAGGGCCGCAAGGUCAAGCGUGGAUGGACUGAGCCUGCUUCUGCAAAGACUAGGAGCAGCAAGGACAAGAAGGACAAGAAGAGCAAAGACGACAAGCACCAGGCGAAGCCGUCCAAAUACACCAAAGAUGCCGAGCUCCUCUUCACAGCGAAGCUAGAGCCUGUUGCUGCGACUGAGCACACGCACAAAGAGAAGAAGAAGGAAAAGAAGGAAAAGAAGGACAAGAAAGAGCGCAAAACCAAGACCAAGGAAGUCAUUAUUCAUGAAUUCGAGAAGAACACCAAGACGCCUUCCUUCCUCAAGGUAGCCAAGGUCUCGACCGAGAAGAAGCCUCCAGUCGACUACAUUGAUGGCGUAGGAUGGGUGGACGAGGACGGCACUGUGGUCGAACCUGAGACGAAGAAAGCAGCGCACAGCAGAGUUCUGCAGCUCGUGGAUGGCCAGCCGUUGAAGGAGCCGCCGCCAACAGACUCUCAAGGACGACCAAUCGUGAAGAAAGAAGCGCCUAAGCCAGCGAAGAAAGAGAAAAAGAAGAAGGCCGCACCACCACCAGAGUCAUCGUCCGAGUCUGAAGUGGACGACGAUUCGAGUGUCGUAUCGAGCUCCUCCGAAGACUCCUCCGACUCCGACUCCGACUCAGACUCAGACCCAGAAUUCGACAACGACUCAGAAGCAAGCAAGAACUCUCCCGCCGCCUCCCCCGUCCCCUCCCCAGUCCACUCCAAACCGGCCUCCAAACCAACCCCCAAACCCAUCCCCGCCACCCUCUCCACAGAAUCCAAAGAAAUCCACCCCCUCGAAGCACUCUUCAAACGCACCCCCACACUCUCCACCCCGACCAAGCCACCCCCCAUAAACACAACCUUCUCCUUCUUCGACAACGAAACCACCUCGCCGCCCGCCGCCACCUCGCCCACCGACGCCGCGCCCACCACCCCCUUCACGCAGCGCGAUCUCGAGUGGCGCGGCCUGCGCAGCGCCGCCCCAACGCCUGACACCGCCGCCAUCGGCCGCCGGUUCAGCUUCGACUGGCGCAAGGGCAGCGCGGACGCCGAGGAGGACGCAGAGCUGAGCGGCGACGGGGCCGCGGAGGCGCAGCUCAGUCUGAAUACGCGGGCGAAUAAGGGCAAGGGGCUUGCUGAUGUGGUUGAGGAGGCUGAGGGCGGUGAGGACGGCGAGGCUGCGCCGGCUGGCGAGCCCAAGGAGGAUAGCGCGUUCAAGGCGUGGUUCUGGGAGCACAGGGGCGAUAUCAAUCGUGCGUGGAAGAAGAGGAGGCGCGAUGCGCUGAAGGCGAAGAGGCAGGUUGAGAACCGCAAGGUGGCGGGGAGGCGGGUCGUGUAGAGCAGCGGGCGUUGAGAUGUAUUGAGGAAGCUAUGAAGGACAGUGGGAGGUCGUUAGAUGGGAUGGAGGAGGGUGUUUGGGCUUUGAUGCGUUGUUGCGGGUACUCGAGCCUUCUGGUGAUGGGGCUUGUGGCACUUGUUCUGUCCUACCGCUUCUCGGUGGUUUUGUGGAUGGAGGCGUGGGUUUCUGGGGGCAGAGUAUUGGCUUCUGCACAGAUAUACGACUCCGAUGGCGGUGGAUGGCAGGUGUACUGCUCAAGCGCUGUUGGACAUACCAUGUAUAUAUGGGAGACAUUUGUGAUUACGCACCCCACCAAGGCGAGAGCAGUGUGGUAACAGCAGUGAGGCCGCACAUGCAAAACGACAAGAUGAAAGAUUUGAAGCAGCAAUUUGGAAAUACGUCUUCAAUUGUGUUCUUUAGCCAUCGCGACCAUUGCGCC